UUCUGUUUUGUUUGUGACAGCGUUUUUUGUUAGUUUUAUUUUCUUUCAUCCAAAUUUGGAAUUACAAAAAAGAUAAUUUGUUUAAAUAUAGUGUCAAAAUUAUCUCUCUUUAUAUAUAACACUAUAAAUCCCAACAAAUGAUUGCUUAAACUAAUUAGAGUGUGGCAUACAAAUUUUAUUUCACGACUGGUUGACACAAACUUAUGUAACUACAUAGUUGGCAAAAAUGUUGUUUCGUUUGAAUUCAGUUUUAGUUAAAAACCAGCACCAAUUCCAACAAUCACCAUGGUCCAACAUUUUUUGGAGAUGUAUAAGCACCGAAUUGACAAACGCUUUGCGACCGUUCUAUUUCGCCGUACAUCCAGACUUAUUUGGUCAGCACCCAUUACAACGGAAUACAAAUGAGAAUUCACUGAAACAGUUGAGUGCACAUAUGGAAUUGUUGUGUGAGCGUAAAUAUCACACAUUAUAUGAAACUAAAAUAUUACAGUUUUAUAUACGAGAUGGUAAUGCAGCAACGCGUGACACCUUCAAACUGAUCAAGGUAACAUUGGAUCGCAAUACGAAAGAUCCGAAAUUAGUGGUACAACGUUUAUUAGAAUUAUGCAAUCUUCCAACUGAUUAUGUUAAGACAAUUAAAACGAUGCCAGCAACAGUCAUGCCAAGCGCAACCGCAGCCGCAGCUGGUUUUUCACAGCCCGGAAGCCCAUUCAAGGGUGGUGGCGAUUUUAAUUAUGGCUCGCAAUUUUCUGGGUUUGAAAAUGCUUUUUAUAAUACAAAAGAAGAGGAGAAGAAAACAUUAGAAUCUUGGUUGAAGAAAAAUGCUCAAUUAGCAAAGGAGCGUAGCGCAGAGUUGGAUGACCUAAAGGAGGAGGUGAAAAAGCUACAACAAGCCGUAACGAAACGUUUGUAUCUAAAAGAUAUACGCUAUGAUUGUGGCUGGAAUUAUGAACACUUCCGUGGUUGUUUAAAAUCGUUAGAGCGUAUGACAGACCUCCAUGUCGAUGCAAUGGGUGCAUUGAAAAAUCGCAUAUUAGUUUUUGCACCUUUUACCGGCGUUAGCUUAGAAGGACAUAUUAUGUUGUUCACCGGCGAUGUGUUAACAAGUUGGAUCGAUUUCAUUAAGAACAUUCCACAACACGACGAGUUUCUAAAGCGUAUACCACUUUACGAGAACACGUUAUCGCAGGUUUUGCGUAAUAUCAAAAUUGGACGUAGGAAAUUUAUGCCAAAGCAACAAGCACGCGAAUAUGCGGCACAUUUAAAUAAGGUGACGACAACACUUGGCGAUUAUCUAACUGUAAAUAAAUAUCCAAAGGCAUGGCCUGCCACAUUGAGUGAUUAUGAAAUUGUCAUCGAAUCAGAGGCUGGUCCACUGAUGGUGAAUCCCACAGGUCAAUUAAUUGCACCAGCAACUUGCCCGGGCUUCAUGUUAAUCGAUUUUAUUACCACAAAUUUGAAUUUGGCAAAGGAGCGCACUGAAAAAUAUCAAACACAAAAGAUGGUUGAGCAACAAUUAACCGCAAAAUGCAUACAACAAUUACGUUUACAGAGUUUAACGAAAGACGAUUCUGUAACACCAGACAAAAUGAUUGAAACAAUGACGAAAUUAGUAAAAUAUAAUGAUCAGCAAUUCAAGGACCUGAAUUUGCAUGUGACCAAUUAUUAUUCUGUAUUGGCAGACGGUAUCGUCUGUAUACCCUGGGACUUUACACCGAGCUAGCACCCAAAUAAUUAAUUUGAAUGGAUAAAAAUUCAAACGAUAUAAUAACGAAUCAUCAAUUAAGCACUUGUAAUUUGUGCGUUUUAUAUGUACAUGUGUUUUUUGUUUUCCAAUAUUUUAUAAAUAUUUUUGAGAAAUAUGACAACGUGCCUCAAUAAAUGCAGGAAAGUAUCUAUAUGGAAUGAGA